AAAAAAAUCAAAUUAGAAAAUGGUUGUCUGUUAAAAUUUGUUGAAAAAUCGAUCGAUAUUUACGGGCAUAUUUUUCGUUUUAAUUAAAAAAAGGACUAAUUUUUACGUGAUAAUAUUUUUGAAAGAAGAAAAAAUGAGUGGUCCAGUCGCGAUGUAUACGUUAAAACCAAUAAUGCCAAUUGUUAAUUUAUCAAAGCAAAAUAAAGUGAUGUACGAGAUGAACAAUAUUCAUGAGAUUCAACAGAAAAUUAUUGUCGACGAGAAGGAAAACGAGACAAUUGUCACGGAAAUUAAAGACCAGGUUACGAAAAUUUUAAAGGAAAAUUCCGCGGAAUUAAAAAUUUUAGAACAAAGACAAGAGAAAAUUUUAUCUCAAUUAGCAGAAAUUAAGCAACAAGUCGCUAUAUUUCGCGAUGUUUUGAAACAAUCAAAUGCUGAAAUAAAAACAACAACAUCGACAGUGCCCGUUAUUUACAAUCCCGUGACAAUUGACAUUAUUUUAAAUGCAAAUCCAAAGAAACCACCAUUUUCAAUUUUAGCUUUAUCCAAAAUUUGGAAAGAUUCCAGUUUUCAAAUUCAAACACACGUGCAUUCAUCGAUAAUUGAAAAUGUACCGGAAUUUUUAUUAACAAAGAACGAGGAAAAUAUUCAGAAAAAUUGCAUAAAUUUAAGAUUAAUUUGGAGAGAUGUUCCAGAUUUGACAUUAAAAUGUGGCCUCACUACAAGUUCAAUUGAAGGCGAAGGAAAUUUUCUAAGAUAUUUAUCACGUCUUGUAAAAAAUCAUUCCUACGAAAAUUCAGAUCCAAUUGAAGCGACAAAAAUUGAUUCAAUUUUAGAUUUUUGCCAUUAUUCAUUGUCACAAUCAACGAAGGAUGUUCAAUCGACAAUUUUACGAUUAAAUGACUAUUUAACGAAAGGCCCAUGGCUUUUAAAUAAAAUUCAACCAACAAUUAUUGACGUUGCCGUUUGGUCUCUUUGCAAACGAUUAAAUUUAAAAUUAACAUCCCCAACACUCGCCAAAUGGUUCCAACAGUGUGAAAAAACGUUUGUCUAGUUUAGUAUAUAUUUAUUCAAUUUUAUUUAGAAUUUUUUUUUUUUAAUUUUUAAAGCAAAAUAAAAAAAAAGAACAAAAUAAUGUAAAUAAUAAUCAAAAGAAUUUUAUGCAAUUUAAAGAUAAAAAUAAAAUGUUUUUUCAAUUUUA